AUCAAUGAUUUUCACAGAUAAAUGAGAUAAUUUGAUUUUCACAGAAAAUAUUUAUAGCCAAUUUUGUUUCAUCACAUAUAUUAUUGGUUAUUAUGCUUGAAGGGUUAGCUGGCUAGCAAAUUCGUCGAGUUAAAGGCUUUUAGCUCAAUUUAAGUGUGAAAAUAUAACCAUCGUAGUGAUAUAGAGAUAUGCGGAAAGUGUGAUUGACUUGUCUACCUAUUUUAUACAGCGGUACAUCUACAAUGAUUCCAAUAAAGGUUUGUCUUCUGGAUGACACCAGCGUUAAAUUUGAAGUUGAGGGAAAAUGGAAAGGUCACGAGAUUUACGAGUUAGUGUACAAGCAUCUAAAUCUUAAUGAAGGAGAAUAUUUUGGUAUCCAAUACUAUGAUAAACACGACCAUUUGUGUUGGCUGGAUCCUCAGAGGUCACUAAAUAAGCAAUUAAAAGAUCCAGCUAAGGUGUUAUUUCGAUUUGGUGUAAAAUUUUAUGCAGCAGAUCCUGUGCAGCUGCAAGAGGAACUGACCAGAUACCUGUUUGCCCUGCAAAUUCGCAAAGACUUGCUAAAUGGACGGUUAGUUUGUAAUGACAAGACAGCUUGUUUAUUGGCUUCAUAUUAUGUUCAAGGGGAGUUUGGUGAUUGGGAUGCUUUAAUACACACACCUGGUUAUCUUGCUGAAAGUCAGUUUUUUCCUGGACAGAGGGAGGAACAUGAGACUCAUAUUAUGGCAUUUCACAAGCAACACAAAGGGGAGGAUCCUUCAGAUGUUGAUCGUAACAUUCUUGAUGUUGCAAGAAGGCUGGAUACAUAUGGAAUAACACUGUACCCUUGCAGGGCACAAGACAAUGCAGCACUUAACCUUUCUGUUGCACAUAUGGGAGUGAUUGUCUUUCAAGACAAAACAAGAAUAAAUACAUUUUCAUGGGCGAACAUAAGGAAGCUGAGUUUUCACAGGAAAAAGUUUCUUAUCAAACUUCAUCCUGAGGUCCACUACAGAGAUACUUUGGAAUUUUAUAUGGAAAGUCGUGAUAAAGCGAAAUAUUUCUGGAAGCUCACCGCAGCAACACAUACGUUUUUCAGGCAAUAUCAGCAAAAAUCCGUAAUCAAGUCAAAACCUAAAUUUUUGGGUCGUGGUUCUAGAUAUCGUCACAGUGGUCGGACGCAAAAAGAAGUCAUGGAAAAUUCAAAACAAACUAUACGAAAUGAUUCCACGUUUAACAGAUCGCAAAGUCUUCGUAUGCCAUCCACCGCAGACAAUUCUAUGAGCAGCUUACGUUCAUCACCGCGUCCUAUGAUUGGAUAUGGUAACGUUGAAACAAGGAUUAUUGAAGCUGAUUAUCCUGUAGCCGAUAGUCUUGCAUCAAUAACCUCGAAUGAAGAAAGUGGUCAUCUGUAUUUAUCCGGUCGUCAUACAUCCACUGAACAGUCACGUGAGGAACUACGUAUUAACGAGAUACUGCAUGAAGAAAGCGGCCCGGAAACAAAGUGUGAUGAUCAACAUAUCAUCACAAAUGGUGAUGAUAACCGCACUCCGGCCGAGCCAGAGCCGUUAGUGAACGGAGACUUGAAUGAAAGUCCUGUUAACAAACCAGGUUUUUUGACACCCCCUCCCGCGGCGUUGUCAGAUUCCGAUGUGGAUGAACUCAGUCAGGAUGUAUUUAGUGAAGGAUCAUCAAUAUCAUCGAUAAUGUCAUCACCGCUUGGGACAUACAUGAGUGAUGACUCUCUAGACCGGAAGCUACCUAAAGGAACCGCGUAUCACGUUGCUCGAGAAAUAUUGCAAACGGAAAGAACAUAUGUGAAGGAUUUAGAAGUCAUCACUAUCGCAUUUCGAAAUGCCGUUUUUGAAAAAGACGCAUUGCCAGAAGAUGUAAAGGAGUUGUUGUUCAGUAAUUUUGAUCCGUUGCACGAUUUUCAUUGUUUAUUCCUCGAUGAAUUACAGCAAAGACUUACUCAAUGGGAGACCGAUGAAAGCUCAGAACAUCAUAGGAUUGGGGAUGUAAUGUUUAAUAAUCUGUUGCAAAUAAGGAAGUCUAUUGAUGUGAUAAAGAACCAUGAAAAAGUGCUGCUGGCUUUGUAUAAAGCUACAAAGAAGUCAGUAGAGUUUGAAAAGAUAUACAAAGAGUUUGAGCUUCAGCCUGCCUGCUAUUUGAGCUUCAAUGCGUUUAUUUUGAAACCUUCGCAGAGAUUGGUGUAUUACAAAUUUAUAUUAGAAAAAUUAGUGCAAUAUUAUACAACUGGUCACGUAGACUACCAAGAUUCUAAAGCUGCCUUACAAGAAAUAACUGAGGUUCUUUCAGAAAUUGAGGGCUGUACCAGAAUAUUGGAGAACUACCAGAAAUUGAUUGAACUUGAAAGAGAUCUUAUUGGUUUGGAAAAUCUUGUACAAGAAGGCAGACAAUUUGUGAGAGAAGGCUGUUUAAAGAAGAUUUCUCGGAGUGGUUCUCAAGCACGCAUGUUCUUCUUGUUUUCAGAUGUUUUGAUAUUCACCAGCAGAGGAGGAAAUGCAACGAAUCAAUUCAAAGUUCAUGGAAAGUUUUCACUAGAAUCUAUGAAGAUCGAAAAAGGGGAAGAUAUGCAUGGCUUGUUUUGUUUCAAUCUAAACACAGAAGACAAAACGUACAUGGUUGCUGCCUCGACGCAAGUUGAGAGAUCAAAAUGGAUGGAGGAUCUCAAUGUGACAGUAAUGAAAAUGAAGAGUGAGACUUCACCAGUGUUGGAAGAAGUGUACAUCAGUAUUGAGUCAGGCUCUGAGGACGGAGAGAAUGAGUUAAAGAAGGAUAAAGCUUCUACCCUUGAUAAAAGACAUGCAAGCUCUCGCACUAUGUCCACAAGAAGAGUUUGUUGGCAUAGAAACACCAGCGUCAGCACUGUGGAAUAUAGCAUCGCUGUCAGGAAUCAACUUUCGGGUGACUUGCAAAGGAAGUAUAAAACUGGUGACAAGUGGCAAAAGUUAUUUGUUGUUCUCACAAACUUCUGUUUAUUCUUUUAUAAGUCACACGAGGAAGAAGAACCAUUAGCAAGUCUUCCGUUGAUUGGUUACGCCGUUACAAAACCAGAUGAAAAUGAUAAUAUCAACAAAGAAUUAGUGAUCAAGCUUCAGUACAAAACGCAUGUUUAUUUCUUCCGUGCAGACAGUGAAUAUUCAUUCUUCAGAUGGAUGGAAGUAAUUUGCAGUGCUACACAGAAUUCAAGUCGAACACGACUAUUUAGCCGUCAAACGAGUGUUUUGCCAUAACUGACGGUAAAUUUUGAAUUGUCAAAAGUAAUGAAAUUUAGUGAGUUUUUUUAAUAUUUAUUGCAUGCUAGAAGUAAGGAACAAUUUCCAAUUUUAAUGAACAGCCUAAUCUUUUAUCUAAAAUUAAUAUGCAAAUAUUGUGCAUAUUCAAGUAGACAUGCACUAUUUCCAAGUUUGGAGAAGAAUGAGCCGAUAUUUUAACCGAGCAUGCUUAUGGGUCGGCGUUAGAUCAUAUCGAACUAACGUACAUGACGUCAUAAAUUUUGCAAUAACGGAAGUAUAAUAACAGAAGUCUUACACGAAGUCUUUCAAGAACUGGUUCAUAAAAAUGAUAAAAUAAAAAUGGCGAUGAAUGAUGGUACAUUUAUACAUUUAUAAAUGUACACGAAAGUGUAAAUGUCUGUUACUCUCAUACCCAGUAUAGGAGUGAUCAUAUACUUAUGUAAUAGUAUCUCUGGCUUUACCUUAAUUACGGUUAGGGUUAGGGUUAUUGAAAAUUUUAUGACGUCAUGUACGUUAGUUCGAUAUGAUCUAACGCCGACCAUGCUUAUGCAUGUCAAUAUACUAUGGAAAAUGACCAGAUACGAAUUGCUGCAUGGGGGAACAUGUAUACUAUAAUCGAGUAAUAAUGUUUUGAUAUUUGGGGGAUAAUAUGUAUUUCCUGAUUUUAAAUAACGUACACAGUUAAAUUGCACUUUCGGGUGUCGACUUAGGAACCAUAUUCAAGUACUUUUGUAACGAGUAGCCAUGGAGUUGUCUGUGAUGAUUGUGUUUUUUUUAGCUUUUCAUAACCUACUGUAUAUAAUAAACUUUUAUUA